AAUCGAGGAAAAGGGAAAAUAAGGGUUUUUUGUUACGAUGAGGAUGGCACCGACUCUUCUAAUGAUGAAAGUCUUGACGAGCCCAAGCGUUUUAUUAGAGAAAUUUAUCUCCCACUUGGUGGUAUUCAGCAGAAAACAGAUGGCUGCAAAAACCCUAAAAAGAGGGUUUUGACCAAUACUUCGAACCAACAGGGACAAUCUGGCUUGAAAAACAGAGGCGUACGACAGCGAAAAUGGGGCCGAUGGGCUGCUGAAAUCCGGGAUCCCUUCCAAGGAAAGAAGGUUUGGUUGGGUACUUUUAAUACUGCUGAAGAAGCUUCAAAUGCUUAUGAUAAGAAGCGGCUUGAAUUUGAUUCUUUAAAGGCCAUUUCUUUCCCCAAGAAGAGUUGCAAUCAAUCUUCUUCGAUGGCCUUCUCAAAUUAUCAAAAGCCCACUUUUUCUGAGGAGUCUUAUAGUACAAUGUCGCAGACAACUUCUCCGUUGUCUGUCCUUGAGAUGGAGUCUUCAAUUACAGCCUCUGCAGUGAAAGAUGCUUGUGUUAGCACCAUUCUUGCUGAACAGAAAGAUUUGGCUUCGCACAUCAACGGUAUUGGCACCAAUGUUCAGCAAGAAGAGAUAGCUUUGGCUUUGAACAUGAAUGGCAGAUGCUGCAAUGAUACAACGAAAGAUGCUAGUAUUGGCACCAAUACUGGUGAGCAGCAAGUGCCCAAUUUGGUUUCUGAGGAUGCCCCAUUGAUGUCUCUUCCAAUUGGGGAGGGCCUGGACUUAGCACUGGAGCUAGAGUCAAUCUUUGCUGACAACGGUUUUGGCCAGUAUUUAAGUGACAAUCUUGACUAUAUUGGAGAACCCAUUGAACUUUCAGAUUGUUAUUUCGAGUUGGAUGGUGACCAGCUGGAUCAAGAGAAGUAUGAUUGGGUGGAUGAAUUUUUCGAUAUGGAGAAACCCCUCAAUAUACCAUGUCCACAACUUUUGCAGCAAGUAGGAAGCUAGUGUAUUUACAGUAUCAUUAGAAUAGUCUCAAGUUUUGCAGAUUUUGUCUCUUUGUUUAGAAGAGUGUGUGUAUGGAUAAUGAGUGAGUCCCUUCGUUUUCCUGUGCUAUUAGAGCCGUCCAAGGGUUUGAUGGUAAGAGGCAAUUACUUUAAUCAACGUGAUUAAAGUGCCAAUUCGUCGGAGUCCUCCUCCUGUCACCGGAAUGUAUGGUAGUAUAUAUUAACGGUUACCAUUUGUAAUGUUGAGCUCAUCAUCAAUUGGGUUAUUUCUGAGGCCUGUACCUUGGGCUGUUGUAUGCUCUAAUACAAUGGGCCCAUUGGUUAGCUAUUGCUAGCCUUGUAUUUUCUCAUAUUUUUAAUCAAAUUUAAC